UCAGUUGCCCCAGCAUCCGCGGGCAGGACGAAAUCAGUGAACGAACCCUGCAGGGAGGCGAGAGGACACGAGGCGGCGGCGAGCAGAGAUGGCCGGCGGUGGCGCCGCCGCGUCGGCGCUCUCGAGCCCCUGGAGGGCGCUGCUGCAGCGAGCGCUGGACGCCAACGCCCACCUCAAGCACUCAACCUUCUUCCAGCUAGCCACGGUGAGCGGCGGCGGCAGGCCGGCGAAUCGGACCGUCGUGUUCAGGGGAUUCCUGGAACACUGCGACAAGAUUCAGAUAAAUACAGACGCACGAAGCAACAAGAUCAGUGAGAUCAAGGAGUGGCCUCUGGGUGAGAUAUGCUGGUACUUCACUGAUUCCUGGGAACAGUUUCGUAUCAGCGGUAUCAUAGAUGUGAUCGAUGGUUCGAGCCUGGACCCUGCCAAGCUCCAGCUGAGAGAGAAAGCUUGGUUUGCAAGCUCAGUUAAGUCGAGAUCACAGUACUUAGGACCAUGCCCAGGGCUUCCUGUUGCAAAUGAUGAUCAUAUUAAGGAUGUUCAUGUCGACGCAUCAGCUGGCCCAGUUGAUGCGUAUUGUCUUCUGACUCUUGAUCCUGAAAAGGUUGAUUAUGUGAACCUAAAAAGCAAUCAGAGGUUGAUGUUCAGAAGAGCCCAGGAGGGAGAUGAGUCCAGUGAUUGGAUGGCUGAAAAAGUGAGCCCAUAAUGUGCUUCUAUAGAAAGGGAAACGAUAAUGCUGGGGUUUCUUGAUCUGAGGAAUUGGACAAAGAAACAAUCUAGGCUAUUACUGUAAUUACUAGAAUUCUACAAGUGUAACAGCGAUCUGAAGAUGUUAAUAACUUCCUAAUUUUAGACGCAGCGAUAUAAGCAGGAGUAGAUUUGGCUGACUUGUUUAGCGACCGUGAGAUACCGUGAUAUACGCAAGUGUAACCGUGACUUAUUAGGCUAUGCACAAUUGGAUUCUUGAUUUACUGUUUUUUUUUCUUUUACCUUUGUAUUGCUUGCUACCGGUGAUGAUUAUGAAGGUUCCUAUAAUAAAA